AUGAUGGCGUGGCCGGCGACCAAACGAUCCUGCUCCGCCUCCCGUGCGGUCUGCAAGGCAUGGCACCGCAUCACCACCAGCGCUGCCUUCGUCGCCGCCCAUGCCCGCCGCCGCCCCCACGAGCUCAUCCUCCACCGCCAUGGUCCGAGCUCGACCGGCGCGCUAGAAACCAUCCCGCUGGCCACCCUCGACGAGGCGAGGGGCCGGCGGCGUCUCCACGUCCAGUACCCGGAGUACACGAGACCCAGACCACCCAGGGGUUGGAGCGGGUACGCCAUGAUCGCCUCCUGCGACGGGCUGCUGCUAUUCGAGAGGCACCCGGUGACACGGAGGUGGGCCGCGGUGCCCCGUACCCCCGGCACCUUCAUGCAGCCCUGCGGAUUCUACGUCCACAAGCCAUCCGCCGAGCACCGGGACCCGUGCAUCACCAACGGCCAACAAGGGUCGCACCACGUUUGCUCGCUCGAAGCCGCCGAGGCCCAUCGGCUCGGACCAGCGCCCCCCUUCGCCCCUCUCCUCUACGUCCUCCCACUCCAUCACGUCACCCUUGACGGCAAGCUCCACUGGCUGUGGUAUCCCUCGGUUCUAUUCCCGAUGGAUAACGGGCGAUAUCCCGGGGCGGAGGAAAUCGGCAAGAUCGUGGCGUUUGACACCGAGUCGGAGACGUUCCGGUUGAUGCGUCGCCCGCCGCGGAGGGUGGUCCGCUACUCUGGAGGAGUGGAGCUCUUCCUGCUACAGGUGGACGGGAUGCUGGCCAUGGCGGAUUUUCUUAACGGCUCGAUGGACCUCUGGGUGCUGGAGGACCACGACGACAACGACGCGAGCUGGACGCUCCGCCUCCGGGUCGACCUACCGUCGCCGUUGCGGCGUGCUAGCUGGGCGAUGAACCUUCGCAUGGUAGGGCAGGAUGUGAUUCUUCUGGGAGAUCGCGGGAGAUGUUGGGUGGCGCUGUAUGAUGUGAUGGGGAAGAGGGUGUUGAAGCAAAUCCAGCUUGUCCCUGACGAUACGUGGAACCACCUCAACGUCUUCGUCUUCAGGGAUAGCCUAGAGCGACACGGCUUCUUUGAUCUUCAUGGCCCUGCUUGCAGCCGCAGCCGCAAAGAGGACUGUAACAAAUCUGACAACACGGCACUUUCACUCUGAAAUCUGAAUCUCUGACUUGUGUUUCCAAGACAGAACAGCUAGUUUGGUACAUCAGACUCUACGUUUUAACUUGGCAAAAGCGAACGGAUCAGUGAACUCUUUUCGGUACCAGGAUUAGUGAACAGUCGAAUCAGCUGCUGACGUGUCAGAGCAGAUUAGUGAACGGAGCUGAACUCACGCGAGCCAGUUGUUUCCUCAAGGCGUGUCAGAGCUGCCGACGCGGAGGCAGACAGGGGAAGCUCCAAAGCAUACAUACAUGGCGGCGAAGAUAUACUUCAGUGUUUACCGGUAAUCGAACAUUUGCAAUAGGAUCUAGGAACAGAGGCUUGCUCUUCUUUUUUUUUCCUUUGUUUUUUAUUGUACCUCUUGUAACAUCUUUUUAAAUAAAUUUACAGUAGAUGCGCGCUCCUACUGUUUCUCUC